AUGAAGGUUAAAAACAAACCUAUAUACAUCACAAGAUUGAUGAUGAUGCUAAUAUAUCAAACUAAAUCCGGUCGCGUUGAGGUUUGGAUAGAGACUCUUUAUAGGAUCUAUCAUGAACAGGAUUAUGAUUUAGUAGUAAUGAGAAAAUGUAUUUAGAAUAUUAAAGUAGGUAGAAAGGAAAAGGCCUAAGAGAAGGAAGAGAAUCAGAGCCAGAUCCCUGAGGAAAAUGCUGUGUUGAUGUUGUAACAGUCGGAUGCCUAAGUGAUGGACAGGACUGAUAAAAGAGUUAAGGAGACAGAACAAGAGUUUAAGCAGUUUGUUCAGGAAAUGGCAAAUCAAGAAGAAUCGAGAUAACUGGAGAGAUAGGGAGGUCCUCAAGAUAAAUGA